AUUAAUGUUCUCUUAAAAUUCUUUGACUAAGUCGUACGAUAUCAAACGUUGACGCGUUCGUGUUCAAGGGAAAAUCCUUGAGAUCUAUCCGUUUCUCUCAUCGAUCCAUCGCAGCAUCGAACCAAAGCUUCGAUCUUUUUGCUUCAGAUUCGAGUUCUUCAUCGCCAUCUCAAAUUUCUCUAUUCGAAUUAUGAAGAACAGCGCAUACUCUGCCCUUCCGAUUUCUUCCUCAGUCGAGCUCCAAUCCGGAUCCCUAAAUCAAUUACAGCAGCCUCCAAAGAAGGAUCUUUUGGAGGAGGAGUUCGCCGACGACCUUCCCCUCAUCGGCGCAGGGGAUGGUUUCGCCGCGACAGCCGCUGCUGGAUCCGGCAUUCCCGGUGCUGUCUUCAACCUCACCACCUCGGUGAUCGGAGCCGGGAUAAUGGCUCUCCCGGCCGCCAUGAAGGUCCUCGGCCUCCUCCCCGGCUUCCUCUCCAUCGUCUUCAUGGGCGUCCUAUCCGAGAUCAGCAUUGAGCUCCUCAUCCGCUUCGCUGUCCUUCGCAAAUCGCCUUCAUACGGGGACAUCGUCCUCUCCGCCCUCGGUCGCCCUUUCAAGAUCGUUUCCGAGAUCUGCAUCAUCGUCAACAACGCCGGUGUCCUCGUCGUCUAUUUGAUAAUUAUUGGGGACGUGAUGUCGGGCUCCGCCAAGCACGUCGGCGUCCUCGACCAGUUGUUCGGAAACGUCGAUUGGGAUCAACGGAAACUGGUCAUCCUGGUGGUCCUGCUCGUCUUCUUGGCUCCUCUUUGUGCUUUGGAAAAGAUUGAUUCGCUUAGCCUCACUUCAGGUGCAUCCGUAGCUCUUGCUGUCGUUUUCGUGAUUGUGUCGUGCAUCAUUGCAUUGGUUAAGCUCGCUGAAGGCCGGAUAACCACUCCGAGGAUGUGGCCGGAUUUUCGAUCAAAAGCUGCAAUUUUGGAUCUUCUCGUGGUCGUUCCAAUCAUGACCAAUGCAUAUGUUUGCCAUUUUAAUAUUCAGCCAAUCUACAAUGAGCUCAAGGGAAGAACACCAAAGAAAAUGUAUAUGGUCAGUAGGAUUACCACCGUUUUGUGUGUUGUGGUCUAUGCUUCAACUGCCAUAUCAGGGUAUCUGUUAUUUGGAGAUGAUACCGAGUCUGAUGUGUUGACAAAUUUCGAUAAGGAUCUUGGCAUUCAGUUCAGUUCGAUCUUAAAUUAUGUAGUGAGGAUUGGAUAUGUUCUUCAUCUAAUCCUUGUUUUUCCUGUCAUUCAUUUUUCACUCAGACAGACAGUAGAUUCUCUUGUGUUCACAACAUCAUCUGCUGGGAGUAGGAAAAGGAUGUUUGCUUUGACUGCUGUUCUACUUAUCGUUAUUUAUCUUGGCUCGACUAUGAUACCAAGUAUCUGGGUAGCUUUCAAGUUCACAGGUGCUACAACAGGGAUGUCAUUGGGGUUUAUAUUUCCAGCUCUGAUUGCAUUGAGAUUAGAUAAACAAGAAAAGAAUUUAAAGCUAAGAGAGAAGUACAUAUCAUGGUUGAUGUUAGUUUUGGCAGUAAUCGCCGGCAUUUUAGGACUUGUUGGAAAUAUCUAUAGCCUCCAGAACUCAUCUGACUGAUUCAUGUUUCAUGUCAGCUAUAGUAACACAAAUUUGCAGUGGCAAAUUCUUCAGCAACAACACCAAAUUGGUGGAUAAUUUAUAUGGUUUAUGAUCAAAGAUUAAAACAAAAAUUGUUUUUAGCGGAGAAAAUAUGAGUUUUUGUCUUGUGUCUUCUGCCAUACACAGGCUUGAUUAGCAGGAGCAUAAGACGUUGUUUGCUAAAGAGAAGAUAUGCACCACCAGAUUUGGUAGAGACAGGUACAUAAGCAAAAUGCAUUAGUGUGUAUAGAUAAGAAUCAUUUCAAGCAUUCCAUUCAUUGAGGAAUAAACAUGUUUAGUUGUGCUGAUUGAGGUAUUUUAUUUUCGAUUCAGUGUUAACCUUGCUGAGUCUGUCUUUCUCCUAAGAUUUAUGCAUAGAGUUAUGUACACCUAACAUUUACCUUAAUCUCAUAACUUUGUGGCUCUUCUUUCCCCUGUUGUUAA